GAAAGCGCUAUUUUGCUGAUUAAGAUGACUUUGAAAUCUCCAUGAACAUUGAACGUCUCACCUAACUAGGUGUACAUGUCCCGAGAGAUAGCACAUCUAAAUGACGACUGGAGGCAAGUAUCUACCAUCAAGAGAAAUAUAACUGGAGAAAAGAGAGGAUAUUGGUCCUAGGAGAAAUGUCUCUGUCCAAGAUCCUAACGGAAGAUUUCCUAACAUGCAGCAUAUGCCUUGAAAAGUUUAAAGUCCCCAAGCCCCUUGGCUGUUUACAUACGUUUUGCCAGCAUUGCCUCCAAGACCUUUUGGAAAGAAAUUUCCAAGGUCAGCCUCGAUUCCCUUGUCCUAUCUGUUGACGUCAGUGUGACCUCCCUGGGGGCGGUGUUAGCAGUUUACAAACAAACCAUCUUGUGAUCAGCAUAUCACACGCACUUGCUCAAGUAGAACAAGCCAAAGCUACCAAGAAAUGCGAGGUAUGUUGUCUGAAGAAUAUACGCAUUCCACCAACGGCAACAAAACGUUGUUUGAACUGUGAGGAAAGUAUGUGUGGUGAUUGUUCUUCGGAGCAUGUACUUCAUAAGUUAAAUCGUGACCACAAACUAUUUCCUGUCGACCAGUUAGGAAGCGACGAGUACGUAACAGAGCUGCGUGCCCGACAGAGCGUCCCUUGUGACCACAACAGCAAGGACCACGUAGAAAUCUUCUGCCCAGUGUGUAAAAAGUGCAUCUGCGCCACUUGUAGUUUUUUGGAACACAAGGAUCAUGAUUGCCUUAGAAUCAAAACUGCUGCUGACAAACGCAAGGAAAAACUAGAACUCCUCGUUAGGCCCAUUGAGAAGAAAAGUCUAGUCUACGAUAAGUUCAAGACCGCUGCUGAACACCAGAAGAGGUUGGUAGAAGAAGGAAGAAAGAAGGCAAAGAGUCAAGUAAACAACCAUUUGGAGCUACUUAUUAAGAUGGCCAGUCAACGUGCCGAGGAUCUUCUGGAAGAAAUAGAUGCCAAGUCGAAUGCCAAACUAGAGGUUUUAAAUGUUUUAAUUGCAACUGCUACCGCUGAGCAAAAUCAACUGGACGACGUUGUAGAAUUCUUGAGAAAGCUCAUUAACCAUGGGAACGACAUGGAUGUCCUGCAAAUGGCCUCCGCCUGUGAGCAAAACACCGAGAGCAUUCACGCCCUCAAAAUUCCAACCCUGCCCGCAGCCAUGACCCAGCUACAGCUUAUCACCAACGACAUGGAGGAGUGCGUUACCAAUAUCAACCGUUGCCUUGGAGACGUGGUUCCAGCUGUAAGUGGAAGAUUGUUGACAUCAUUCAAAGUAGAUUUGGAGAAGUCUCAUAAGGAGUUUAUCAGCGACGUGACCACUGAUACAAAUGGUGACAUCCUUAUUGGUAUUUGGUGUAAUGAGGCCUUUUCAAGGAAUAGAAUCCACAUCUACGACACCACCUUUGUACUACAGGGCAGUAUUCCAAACCCACGAGCAGCAGAAAAAGGCGCUUUUGGUGGGAUUGCCAUUGAUGAUAACGGUAACACCGUCACUAGAUGCCAGGCGUCAAAUGAAAUCAUUGUCUACACCAAGACAGGGGACCAGGUGAGAACAUUCCACAGUGAGUUACCACAUGCAGUAGCGGUCAACAGCAAGGGUCACUAUGUGGUGGCCGGCCGUGAUACUCUGACUGUGCACCACAAGGAUGGUAAGGUCCUGCAGACGACACCAGACCCAGAAGGUAAAUAUUCCAAAUGCAUCCACUGCAACGUUAAUGACGAUAUCAUCGUCACAGGAGAUGAUCACAUCCGUGUAUAUGAUUCCACUCUCCAGCUUAAAUACAGAUAUGGUUCUCAGGGUGAUGGGGACGGACAGGUGAACAUUCCGCGUGGUACAUGCUGCUUGGAUAAUGGAGACAUAAUCCUAACGGACUUCAACAACCAUUGUCUACACCUGGUGUCACCAGAUGGGAAAUUCAAGUAUUUUCUUUUAGGCGAAGACAAUGGACUACGCUAUCCAACAGAUGUUACUAUAAAACAUGUAGGAAAACUGGUCGUUGGGGAGAGUGGAGGCAAUAUUAAAUUUUUUGAAUUAUGAUUGAUGGAUAAGUUAACAAAGGACACUAAAAAGAUCAUUGAAAUACAGACAGUACCCCAGUAAACAUUGUAUCGGCCCAGUUUUCACGGAUCUUGCCUUCGAUGAACCACUGGUGAACCCGUACAGUAAAACAGGCCGAAAUUUACUUAUUCUAAAUUUUUAAUUUUUAACCUUUUGAAAUGGGUAAUAAACAUUAAUAGCCUCAGGUAACAAAUACUAGUGGAAGUUUGUCUUUCGAUCAGAUGAGACAAAAGAAAUUUAGUCACAAUCGGCUCACGACCUACUAUAGCAAGGACAGCCAGCAGCAAGGACAUCCAACAAUUAAUAUUGUUCUAGAAAAAAAUAUAACAUCAGCAUAGCAAAAAGGGUGAAUUAUACUGCCUCCUUUAUAAAAACCACCGAUGAGGGAACUGACUGUAUAGUAACAACUUGUGGUACGCUGAUUUUGUGUGUCCAAAAUCGAUAUAUGUUGCUUGAAGUAUGCUUACUUAGAAAAAAAUAGCUUUCAAUAAUACUCUAUGUUAAUGUUUCAAAAGAC